UAUUAGAAUUAAGCGUCACGAUUCUACAGCAACCCUCAGUAAGAUAUAGAGCGCGGUUAGAAAUCAACGUCGAUAAAUAUGUCGGCGCUGUAUAUAUUUAUUUUAGCAACGUUUUUAGUAUCAGAUAUUUCGUGUAGAAGGUUCCCAGUAAAAAAUAAGUCAAGGCAAUUAUUUCUUAGUCGUCGUGUAGUGACAGAUUCGAGAGAAUUUGAUGGUGGUGUACUCGUGGAUGAGAAUGGAAUUAUCUCUGGAAUAUUCACUCGGGAAUCGAUUGAUGAACUUACCUUUGAAGAUGAUUAUACCUUACAGGUAAUAGAUGGAGGCGACUGGGCUUUAAUGGCAGGGGUAGUUGACUCACAUGUGCAUGUCAAUGAACCCGGUCGCACUUCAUGGGAAGGAUACGUGACAGCUACAAGGGCUGCUGCUGCAGGCGGCAUCACUACUCUUGUCGAUAUGCCUUUAAACUCAUUUCCACCAACAACAUCAAUCGAAAAUUUAAAAGUAAAAGCGUCCACUGCAAGAGAGGAGGUGUAUAUAGAUGUGGCAUUUUGGGGAGGAAUUAUUCCGGGCAACGAGAUGGAGCUACAAAAUAUGAUCGAAGCAGGAGUCAUCGGUUUUAAGGGAUAUCUCAUUGACAGCGGAAUCACAGAGUUUCCCAAUGUAGAAAAGGAUGAACUUGAUAAUAUUUUUUCUACUUUGAAUGGAUCUGACGUUGUUAUUGCUUUCCACACCGAGCUACCAAUUAAUGCCGGUAAUGAUACUGAAUGUGAGAAUUGUGAAGUUCCCGAUCCAAAUUUGUACAGCACGUACCUCGCAUCUCACCCUCCGGAAAUGGAGCUCAAUGCGGCAUCACUACUAGCCAGCUAUAUUCCGAAAUAUGAUGUGCAUGUGCAUGUCGUUCAUGUGUCGGCCGAAGGUGUUAUACCAAUAUUAGAAGCGGCGCGAGAAGAAAGGAUAAAGGCUGGUUCCAAACGCUGGCGAGGUGGUGUAACUGCAGAGACCUGUCAUCAUUACCUGACUUUCAGUUCUGAGCAGAUUCCCCCUGGACACACUGAGUUCAAGUGUUCACCACCUAUCAGAAAUAUCACAAACAAGCAACGACUAUGGGAAUACAUAAAAGAACGAAGAAUUGAUUUAAUAGCAUCAGAUCAUUCACCUUCCAUCGCAACAUUGAAAGGACCUAAUUUCAUGACUGCUUGGGGAGGAAUUGCUUCUGUUCAAUUUGGGUUAUCUUUAUUCUGGACGGAAGCAAAGGCUCGUGGGCUUAGUCUAAGUACAGUCAGCCACUACCUAUCAUCAGGCCCAGCGCAUCUGUGUGGUUUGCAGAAUAGAAAAGGAACAUUGAAACCGGGUCUCGACGCUGACAUUGUGUUCUUCGACCCGGAAGCUUCAUUUGUCGUCACACCAGACAUAAUAUUAUACAAAAACAAGCUAAGUCCAUACAUGUAUCGCGUGUUAACUGGCAAAGUGAUGAAAACUUAUGUGAGAGGUCAACUUGUAUAUACAGAUGGAAUAGUGAUUUACAAACCGCAAGGACACCUGUUAAUAAAUUAUAAAGCAUUGUUUAACACUACCACCGCCAUUACUCCACAUGAACCGCAAGAGUUCCAGCUAAGAAACAAUAAUAUGUUGCCGAUUGCUACGAACAUCGCCGUCCCAACAAAAUCCCAAGGAGAUCUGCAAAGAAAUGAUAAUGUACCGCCGAACACUAGAAACUCCGCCGGCCUAAUUAAGCCACAGGGACAGUUGUUAAUAAAUGAUAAUCUGUUGUUUGACACUACAACCUCAUACCCAAUUAUGUCUCGCCGACUAUUUCGAACAUACCUCUAAAAGCGUGUUUUUAAAUGA